UUUACCAGAGAAACAGAGACACAGCCUGAAGAGUAGGGGACACAAACAACAGCCGUGAGAACACACAAGAGAGAAAGCAGGUAGAAUGCUGGACAAAGACAGAGAGACAGUCUGAAAAUAUUCUGGACAUUACUACUGGAUGGGAAACAUAUGGAUGUAAUGUAGACAAAGACAACAUGCGCAUGAGGGACUGCUGUAUGUGUGUGUCUCUAUGUGACAGGUGCAACGGCAACAUUUUUAUGAGUUUUGCUGGUUGAAUGAGGUCGUCUUAUUGGAUCCUUUAACGGGUAGAAGUUCCCUGGAUAUGGGGGGAUGUCAGAGUUACAGUAGCUCUGAUGAAGAGGAUGUGGAUGCUUUGAAGGCAAACCACACCAACAUCAGCCUGUCCAAAGUAAAAAACAACAGUCUACAUCCAAUCCCAUCUGCUGAGGUUAAACCUUACCUGCAACAUCAUUUCCUGUCCAGACGCAUCACUGACGUUGACCUUCUGACCCUCUCUGCACUGCCACAUGGCCUCGACCAGCAGGAGUGGAUAGCAACAAACACUGUCGCGUUCUUCCAGCAUGCAACUCUCCUCAUCAGCGCUCUGUCUGAUUUCUGCUCCACAAAUGCGUGUCCGACAGCCAAAAGCCCCGGAAACAUUCUGUAUGAAUGGACGGAUGAACAGGGGAAGAAAUUAAAGUGUUCAGCUACACUCUACAUCGAUUACGCCAUGUCCUACAUUCAGGAGUUGCUUACAGACGAACGCGUGUUUCCCACCAGGGCAGGCUCAUCAUUCCCUCCUGGAUUCAUGUUCCUGAUUCAGAAGGUCUUUGUAAUGCUCUUCCGUACUCUGGCUCACCUGUUCAGUGCGCACUACCAAAACGCCAUUGCCAUGGAGUUACACCCUCACCUCAACACACUGUUCACACACUUCAUUACCUUCAGUCACGCAUUCAGAUUACUGGACCCAGCAGAGACCGCUCCGAUCGAUGACCUCAUCGCUGGGCUCACACACUGACACACAAACACGGAAGACACGCAGACUCAUCGGCCCCGUCCUAAUUUCUGCCCUCAGCCCUUGUGGUCCUCCUUCGAGUCCACACUUUUGUGACGUAAUGCUGCAAGCUGCACAUAAGGGACAUCGAGGGUGCAUUGCGAAUGACAAAGAGGGCUAUUUUAAACCAUAAAAUGACAAUGGGACACUCCACGGUCUCGUGGACUUAUCGGACACAUUGAAGCAAAGGCCACAAGACCAAGUAUGCCAUUUAGCACUCAAAAUAAAGACUUAGAAACUCCCUGUUUUUAAGACUCAUAAAGAUUCUUAGACAUCUUGACUGAAUAUGACUAGUGUGUGUCAAUCAACUUCAGACUGGUCUGUGAUUGGACGGCGCAGUGGACCCCGCCCAUACAUGAUUUUUCAGUGCCAACUGUGAAGAUGGGCAAUUUUCUCUCGGCCAAUUGCCAACGUUGCUUUUCAACAAGUGCCUAUUCUUAGCAAACCACACUGGUAGAUUUCAACAGUAAUUUAUUAAUUACGGUCACAUUCCUUUUCAAUGCGCUUCCCUGCCACAACAUUUGAAAACAUGAUUGCUAUUUUUAAAUCUUAUCCUGUUGAAGGAAAUACAAACAUUUGAUGUCUUAAGCUGGGUGCACGGUCUACGAUUUUUAAUGACAUGAUCCCAAUGAGAUCUUGGGUAAAAGCCAUGACACACUGUGCAACAUUAUGUCAGACUAUACAAUACACAUAGACAGCAUUGACUGGAUGUUUUGAGUCAUCUGGCACAACUGCAACGCAUAAUUUUGGACACUGUCAGAACUUUUUUGCAGGCUAAAUGCAAAUUUAUACUUACUGGGUACCUAAAUACCGUAUAUAUACUUAUUUCAGCUCAAAGUUAUGACGAAAUGCACUAACGUUUUUGUUCUGCAAAGUUGUUUGGUGCGUAUCACUGAAAUUCUUGACCUAGUAGAACUCAGCUAGUCGAAAAGCGUUGAUGAUUGGUUAAAACUAAUCAUGGGUAUGGUUUGGACGUGACGUUCUUUAUUUUCCUCAACUAGUACGUUUUGAAACAACGCUGUGCGUAGAAUAAACACAGUUUUGGAUAACAGUCUCAAGACAACUCAUAAUAAUUCAUUAGAGAUGGCGAAAUCGUAAGAUAUCGUACGACUUGGCUCGUACAAAAAGAUACGUCUUUUACACCAACCAAUCAACAAACAGAAUUUCAAUACAGGCAUCAGAUUGUAGCUAGCCUCCUAUCCAACACUUUAUUUUAAGAAAGUAAAUGUCUGUACUCCUCCCUGAUAGCACACGUUCAUCACUCAGAUGUCUAUUUGAUGUGUGCGUUAACAUUGUUUGCUCAUCUGCAGUACGUCUAUAAGACAUAUAUGCCAAUAAGUAUAUCUUGGAUUUCAAUAAGACAUUCAGCAGAUGCCUUUGAGACGUUUAUGAUUUAGAAUGUUUGUAAAUCUGAUCUUUUUAAGAUGUUUAGCAGAUUGUUAAUUAGACUGUGAUGCUUUACAGAUUAAAAUAUGUAAACCAGACAUGCUAUCUGGGAUUCCACAUUUAUUUAUGCAAUACAAAUGACUGAUAUACAGUAUGUCAAUAACCUUUUAUAUGCAUCCCUCGUCUCGCUCCAAACCCCAAAGUUUUCUUUCUUCCGUGGCACACAAAAGCUAUUUUCCUAUUAAAAUCACGGUAGGGUUUGGGGUUAAAAAUCGUUAUAGUAUCAUUUGUUGGUUCGUUUAUUUUUCUCUAUGGGAGUAAAAGUUGAGCCAUCUCGUAUGAUUUCUUACUCGCUGUAGUUUGUUUGGGAGAAAGAAGUUUGGCGUCUUCCAUUGUAUAAAUUAGGCUUUCGUCCUGCUACGCUGGACGCGAUGCGUCCAAAGCAGAUAGACCCUGUUAUAAUCAAUGAAGCUGUCUACAGUGGAAGUGUCCGCUUUGCGUAUCACCGAAAGUAAACAGAUGCCCCGUUUGCGAUUGCCGACGGGCUGCAGAGCUACUCCAGCCACUUUAUCAUCCUGUCUGUCUGAAAUUAAAUUAUUUUACUAACCAAAUAUCAUACAUUUGAAUCAUUUUGCCAUGAUUUUUGCAUGUUACAUAUUUAUAUAACUUCUGACUUCAACAUUAAAGCCAGCUAGUGACGUUUCUGGUCUCUGGUCUAUGUAUUUAAAUAAUAUUGUGUGUCUAACCACGUUUACGCAGUUUUAGCAAUAAUAACAUUACAAUAAUAAUUAUAUACUUGUUUAUAACAGUGGAUUUCCAUUGAAAACGCCUGGUGUAGACAGGCAGUGUUUCUCAGCGCUAAGAACGCGCUCUCGUUCUUGCAUUCUUGUGAAAAUCAAUCUUGCCUAACCAGGGUUGGGGAGUAACGGAAUACAUGAGGACGUAAAACGCAUCUACAGAACGCAAGUUUUGAGAUGUGCUGUGAUAUGUAGAUUCAACAACCUCUUAACUAUUUUCUUUUUUUUUGGAGGUGGGUGAUGACGUCAGACAAGUCCACAAGAACGUAAGAAUGCAAAAAGAACGGACAUUGAAAAACAGCCAGAGUGUAAAAAUGAAUCGCAAAAGAGAACAUGUCACACCAAUGCUACAUCCACACAAAUUGGUUUAAUUCCAUCUCAUAAGGUCAAUGUUUUCCAAAGAAUGCCGUCAGAGGACGUUUUAAGGCACAGGUAUACUUUGACCCCGUUUACACCUAGUAUUAAGUUGCUCUUUCAAUGCAUCCGACAGACGAUAGACCGGAAGUCAUUCAUUUCCAAUGGAGAGUCGCAUGGGGGGCUGCAUGGGGUUCCGACCAUCUCCAGAUGCGACAUUUUUGGAUCCGAUUUUAGCUUCGAUUUAUAGCACAAAAGCUUUUGUAACUACAGUAAAUAUGUGAUUAAAUUUGUACGUGUCAUUUAUUCCUGCACAUGCAAAACCUACAUAUUUAAAAUCAAAUCUAUGAAUUUCUGCUUCCAAUUUGCUGAAUUAUGGUUAUUGUCCUACUGGAAAAUCUGGCUCCUUUAUUUUGACCACUGGCAAAAACGAACGCGCUCAACGCUGAUGAUGCGCACAGACAUGGACUGGUGUAGACGAAAUUUGCAUCAUGCAUACUGUGCAUGAAGACACGGACAACCGAAGUAUACUUUGGGCUUUAGAAAUGCUCCGUUUUCGGUGGAAGAAUACGCCGUUCUACUGUGCAUGCGAGGCAUAAAGGUAACAAAAUGAAAACGUAUUAGUGGAUGUGGCCUAAGCGAUCAAAAACUGACGAUUUUGCCCUACAACAAGAGAAAACUUUUACCAUCCCUGAAAGUAGUAUAGUAAAAUAAAAGUUUUCCUUACACCGCGUACUAACCACAAGAAACGUGAUAAUGCGACAAACAAUAAAAGCUUUUCCACAUAAAUUUGGAUUUUUGUCCAGAUACUGCAGUUAGUCCCCAUUUCUGUGGCGUCUCACGGUGUACCCACUGUGAAAUCUCAUUGGUCCAAAAUCCUACAACAUAAAACAUCAAAUACGUUCUGAAUGGCUGUGAUUGUGUUACGUUAUCGCAUCACACAUGGUUAGGGCAUGGCAUGAGAAAUCAUAAUUAAAAAGCCAUGUGCUACGCUGGCUAACAGCGUUGUUGAACUACUGUCAAAACAAAUGGUUCUGAAUCAUUCACAAAAUCCAUGCAUCACCUCUGUUGACUCAUAAAUCAAGGUUAUUUUUUCAGCAUGGCAGACUGCAAUUUCUGAAUGGAAUUACUAUAAUUUAAGAAUCUACACUAAAAUCAUACUGCAAUAGCUAUAAUACAAUGUUGGUUAUCUUGUAUUGAUUGUCUUACAUUGGUUUUUGGUCAUCACCACCCAUGUGAAUUGUCCCAACUAAUGUUUCUGUUCAUUGUUUAUGUAUCUAAUGGUCAGAGAGAGGACUUGGAAUUGUAUGGGAGAGAGAUCAGAUUUUCCAGAGCAUUCAUAAACGAACAGCCCUUAGGAUAUCUGAAAAAUACACAUGAAUACACUCGCAAACACUCUGUAAUUCUGUAUAUGCGCCAGUGAUCUGGUUUGGCUGGUUCCCAACAGGAAUUGGAUCCUUAUCCAGCCCACAUAAUACACACAUAUAAACAAAUAAGGCAAGCUGUUAUCUUGUGAUAGUGUGAGUCUAUGGAUCCUGUGAGAAAGGCAGUGUUCAGAAUGGAAUACUGUAUAGUGCCUACUAUUUAAAACAAAUUGUGUGUGAAGCAGCAUGAAAAAAUAAACGUUUCAAACAGUAGUAUGCUACAUGACAAAGUCUACGGUAACUCAUAACCACUCUGUACAAUUGUGUUGAGAAGAAAAUCAUCUCAGAAUGCUGUUCUGUGAUACGGGUUGGUGCUGUUUUGGCAGCAUGAGGGGGACCUAAACAAUAUUUGGUAGGUGGUUUUAAUGUUGUAGCUGAACGGAGCAGUUGUCACAUAACCUCACCACAUUGCAUGCUUAAUUCAGUAUCAAGAUAAUCAGGGAAUGCAGUUAUUUAAGAUUUGUAAAGUUUGGGUAAAAAUGCCAGUCAGAUAAAAUAAUGAGUCACGAACCAGAUGUUGAAAAUCACAGUCGAUACGUAUCCGGGUAUUCCAUUCAAACAGAAAUGUAGCAUACUAUGCACAGCAUACAUACAGUGCAAUAGUAUACAUACUGCAGAAAUAGAAAUAGCAUGGUGCUAUGGUGAACACAGCCAAUGUAUCAAACCUGUGAAAAUAGAAGUUUUUCGUACAUGUGUUUUU